AUGUUCGGGCCACGCCAUGGUUCCGACAUGGACUCUUCAACUGAGCGCGACUAUCACUCGACCACGCACUCGGAUCCUUCUUCAUCCCGUACCAGACAGACCAACGGUGCCGCGGACCUCGACGCGCGACUCACGGGUUCCAUCCCCACUCUCCCCGACCCUGUUCCACUUCUGCCUUACUGGUCUGCCAAACGCCAUCUAACGUGCGGAAACCCUGCUCCCCCUCCCCCAUGGGCUCCGAAAACAACACCGUGGAGAUCUACGCCUUCAAAGCUCAAAACGGCCAACGCUGCACUGGUCCUCUGUCUGAACAUAGACGUUGAUCCUCCAGAUGUCGUCAAGACGAAUCCGUGUGCCACUCUUGAAUGCUGGGUCGAUCCCCACACCCUACCAGCCCAGAAGGCCCUCGACAUCAUCGGCAUGAACCUCGCCCAUCAGUUUGAAGGUCUUAGCCCAAAGAUCACGUUCAAACCGCUUCUUGAUCCCGCGUAUGACGAUCUGCGCAAGUAUUGUCACUCUUUGCGCAAGACAGCGAAAGAAGAUGCGAUUUUGUUCUACUAUAACGGGCACGGUGUCCCCAAGCCUACGCCGAGCGGAGAAAUGUGGUGCUUCAACAAGGAAUACACGCAGUACAUCCCCGUCUCAUUGCAGGAAGUGCAGAGCUGGCUGCUGUCGCCCUGCGUGUAUAUCUGGGAUUGCUCUGCGGCAGGCCACCUUCUGCAGAACUUUAUCACGUUUGCCAAACGGCGAGACACGGAUGCGACGAUGAACAGGGGAGGAUACCCAGAGGGUACGCCACCGUUUUCUGAGAGUAUCCAACUCGCUGCGUGUGCUGCUGACGAACAGCUUCCUACUUGUCCCGAGCUCCCUGCGGAUCUCUUCACCUCUUGUCUAACAUCUCCCAUUGAUAUCGCCUUGCGAUGGUUCGUUAUGUGCCACCCACUCCCAGACAGCGUCACGUUGGACAUGGUCAUGCAAUUACCUGGUGACUUAAAGGAUCGCCGAACGCCCCUUGGGGAGUUAAACUGGAUUUUCACAGCAAUUACUGACACAAUUGCCUGGACAACGUUUCCUCGCGACGUGUUUACGCGGUUGUAUAGGUCCGACCUUCUGGUUGCAUCGUUAUUCCGGAAUUUCUUAUUGGCAGAGCGGAUAAUGAAGAACUACCACUGCACGCCACACACGUCGCCACCGUUACCCGCUACGAAUACCCAUCCGCUGUGGGCAUCUUGGGAUUUGGCUGUGGAUGCGUGUUUGAGGCAGCUGCCUGAACUUUUAAAGCACAUGAAGCCAGGGACUGUCGCCGACGGCUCGUUGACAGGAAGAAGGUCGUCUGCAACACGUUCUCAUCCACCACCGUCCGACCCAACCUACGCGUACAUUUCAAGUAGGUUUUUCGGAGAUCAACUCACAGCAUUCGAAGUGUGGAUAUCGCGGGGCGGGUCUGCGCUUACUAAACGGGGUCCUUUGUCUCUGCCGGAGAGUCAUGGAGAUCAGGCUGCGACGGUGGAUGUGCCCAACGGGGAUGCAUCACAUUCUUUGCAGGACAUGGAGCCCAUCAGCGAUCACCAUCUUGUCCCUCGGAAGCCGCCAGAUCAACUUCCGAUCGUUCUGCAAGUGCUACUAUCUCAACCCCAUCGUCUCCGCGCUCUCAUCCUUCUUUCGCAAUUUGUUGAUCUUGGACCGUGGGCGGUCGAUCUCGUUCUCGCCAUCGGUAUCUUUCCUUACAUCUCACGUCUCCUCCAGGCAGCAUCACCAGAUCUUCGGCCCGUGCUGAUAUUCAUAUGGGCACGCAUCUUUGCGGUCAAUCCGUCUUGUCAAGUUGACUUGUACGGUAACCAAGGCUACAAGUAUUUCGCCAAUGUGCUCGCAGGUAGAGACGAUUCUUCACAUGGAGGUAUACCAAACAGCUCGGAGCAUAAGGCCAUGUGCGCUUUUGUUCUCUCCGCAAUCGCCCGCGACUAUCCGCAUGGUCAGAAUGCGUGCUGGCGCGAGCAGGUUUUUGACGCAUGCUAUGAUGCCCUAGGUGAUGGUGACUUUCUACUACGACAGUGGUCUGCGCUGUGUGUAGCGCAGAUAUGGGAUGCCAAUGAUGAAAUAAAGACAUAUGGAGUUGACCGUGGCACACAGGACAAAUUGAUCGCCUUACUCUCCGAUGACUCACCGGAGGUACGCAGCGCGGCGCUCUACGCCCUGGGUACGUUUCUGGGAGCCUCAGGUUCGCCUGACUUAAACAAGCUUGGGGGUGGUGGUAGUGGUACACAGUACCAGCUUGAGGAUCGCGUCCAUUUCCGCAUGGAGGUGGCCGUCGUUACUGGAGCAACGUUGGCUAUUAAGGAAGACGCUAGCCCAAUGGUCAGGAAGGAGCUCCUUGUUCUCAUCAGCUGCCUCGUAAAGGAGUGGAGAGGUCAUUUCAUCGUAUGUGCGUGGAUUUAUUGGGAGGAAGAUAGACGGUGGAAGAACGGGACGCAUCUAUUGCAUGAUGAGGACAUCACGUCGCAAGCAGUUGCUGAAUGGCUGGACGAUUUGGGAGAUGACGAUGCUUACCGCGAAGAAAAUCGCGUGUUGCUGUCCUCUUUCUUCACAAUAUUCACCGUUCUGCUUGAGCUCUCAGCGGACCCUUAUCAAGAGGUGGCUACUAACGCACAAACGGUUGUUGAUUACGUCGUGGCAUUGCUCCUCGAAUCGCCAUUCAGUCGAUUGGACAAUACCACUUUAAACACCCCUCCUUCGUCGUCAUCCGAUUCAAAGUCAACCAACGGGACGCGGACUCGAGCGCCUUCAUUGACGUCUGACCGAGGGCAGCCGCCACCCUCACCAAUAUCGAGCAGACCAGGAAUAGCUCGUAGCGACACAGUCAGCAGUACGAUCUCAAGUGGUGUAACAAACACUCUUCGACGUACAUCUUCUUUUGCCAAUGCCCUGAAGAACCUCGCGGGAAAUAUCGCUUUCCCAACGAUGGAUGAUGGCCGCUCAUCACCCAAACCCACUUCGACAUCUGCACCUCACUUAGAAGCUUUAAACGGUGUUUCACGACCACCUUCACCCAAUCUCAAUUAUGCGCAAUAUACAUCCCCUUAUUCCCGUCCAUCCACACCACCCCUGCCUGCACCCUCACAGUACCCUUCUCCUCAUCCAUCACCGCGGUCUGCGGGGGAGGUUCAUCACCCGGAAUUCGGCCCGUCAGACGUUAUGGGAGCUCUCAUAGAGGAAGAUAUGCAGCGUCUAGAAGCACGUCGCCGAACGGUCUCACAUCACCGACAUCAUCCUCACCACCACGGGUUCAACGGUGCUGCUUUAGGUGGGAUGGGUAGCCCGGCGGGUAGUACAACUUCCGUUGAUUCGAGCAUUAUUCUAGGCCUUGGAACGGGCAUCGGGAUCAGAGAUGUGCUUCCGUUGAAAAGCCGAUUUUAUGAUUGGUGCUGUGAGUACUUCAAGGAGCCACAAAUGAGACAACCUGAAGCAGAUGAGCCUGGAAGUGUUCAAUACAACUAUCAGGUUUGGCGACAACAGCGUAAUGAGGAGGUACUCUCGACCACUCGAGGACAAGCUGAGGUUGCCGCGAGCUGUCGGUGGGAUAGACCUGUCUCUACGAUCCAUGUCAGCGACCUCCCACUUUCUCUUGCAUUCCAUUCGUUCGAUCCUCAUCUCGUCAUCACCAACGAGUCGGAUGUCAUCACUGUUUGGGACUGGAUGCACCGAAAGCGACUGAAUCGCUUCUUUAAUGGUAAUCCACGGGGAACCACCAUCACAUCGCUUCACAUCAUCAACCAAGAUGUUGGGGGAAUUAUACUCACGGCAGCGUCUGAUGGAGUCAUCCGCCUGUACCGCAACUAUGACCCUAGUUCGAGCAAUGGGCCAGUCCAAAUGGUGAGCUCCUUCCGUGGCGCAAACGAAGUUCUUCAGCUCUCCCGCGGCAGCGGUGUCGUCACGGACUGGAGACAAUCAGGAGGAUCGCUCAUGGUGGGCGGGGACUCGCGAAUCAUCCGAGUCUGGGACGCUCAUACAGAGAGCCAAGUCAUGGACUUGUAUACGAACUCUGAGAGCCCUCUCACAGCGAUCGUUUCCGAUGAGGCAUCGUCGUCGACGUUCCUGGCUAGUUUCGCUGAUGGUGUCGUAAAGGUCUUCGACCGUCGAAUGGAUGAAGAUGAUGCUGUUGUCCGCUCCUACAGUGAUCAUUAUUCCUGGGUGCAAAAUGUCAAGUGGCAUCCAACGCUUGGUGCCCAUUUUAUAUCUGGAUCAUUGGAUGGAGAGGUCAUGCUAUGGGACAUUCGUGGAGGCGAUAGGCCGGUGCGGACCUGGGACCUAUGCCCACAAGGUCUGUCAGCUUUCGAUGUUCAUGAUCAAACAGAAGUCUUCGCUGUGACAUCAUCACUUGUUCCAUCAAAUUGGAGAACGCAGCGUACGACCGUUCAAUCAUUCACCGCAUCGUCACCACUAUCAUCUCUCACGACGGGGCUGACAAUGCCGCCAGCCCGAGAUCCGCAUAUGCCUCUUGUUUCUCGUUCAAGUAGUUUGAAAUUCCAUCCACGGGAAAUGGUUUAUGCUGUUGGCUUAUGGGAUGGCUCUGUCCGCAUUCCUGACGAGAAGAAAGAGACUCACAAAAAGAGAACACCUGCUAGGAAAAAAGUAGAGACUGGACAGUGGCCAUGCAAGAUCAACGGCUGCAAUAAGGUCUUUGCGCGCGAGGCGGAUUUAAAGAGACACCAAAGGACAACAAAAUUGCAUUCAAUGCCGGGUUUUGCCUGCCCACAGUGCGACGCGACAUUUACUAGGACCGACGCGCUCCGGCGACACCAGAAAUCGCGACACAACGGACUUAUCAUUCCGCCUGUCACCCCGGAUAAAGACAAGGAUAAUGAGGACGAGGAAGGCGAAUCGUCCGCUUCUAAGUCGCCGAGCCCCGAGGAUAGCCCUGGUAGGACCCAGGACAAACCGAGCAGCUCGCACAGCACACCACCAUCCCAGUACCCUUCCGCCCCCGGUAGCUACUAUCGACCACACACAAUGAGCAGCAGUUAUGGGCCUCCGACCGCUGCUCCCAGGGCUCAUCCUGGCAUGAUGAUGGACCCCCAUUAUCCACCUUCGAUCGGUCCCCCUACAUCGGCCGCUCGACUCCACCAAGCUAGCUGGCAUUCUCCACCCCCUCCUUGGCCAGGAUCCGACGGCCCUCCCCCGCCAGGUGUAUACCCUAUGGGGCCACCUCCAGGAUAUCACUACUCGCCAUACUACAGACAUCCACCGCCUCCGGGUAUGAUGGGUGUACCCCCACCGCCACAUUACCAUCCAGCUAUGGGUCCGGAAUACAUACAUACCCCACAUGGCCAUCAUCCGCCUCAUGGUGGGCCUCCCCCACGGCACAGUCGUCGUGAUGGGUCUCCCGCCAGCCCGGGCGAGGGCGACGAAGAUGCUGAGAUGGAGGAUGGUUCGUCGCAGGGCUCGGCUCCUGUGAUCGACCCGUCACUCGAUGGGCCUGCGGAGGCCCUUCAUCCUACUGCCGCGGCCCAGGCUGCUAAGGAAGGCAUGGAAGACAAGAAGCCGGAUGACGCCGAGGAACCGGCGGGGGAGAGGAAAGGUGCGGAAGGCAAAGGCCGAUAUGAGGAUGGAGAAGCAGAUAGCUCAGGUGGGUCUGUUGCAUCUGGACGUAAAGACAAAGUUAUGGGUGCUGUAUACCGGCCAGAAAACGUUGUGUCGCGGGCAGAGGGCGAUUCUCGUCCGGCGCCUCCGAUGCAGCCACCCUUGUCGGGCGUGCAUCCUACUGAUAGUAAUACAGACGCUGACCGACCCUCAACCAAGGAGAGUGCAAUUGACAAGGGGAAGCGGGCGCCGAGCCCACCGCGGUCCGAGAUUGUGACCGAGGACGGGGUUGCGAUGCUGAAUCCUGCUGAGCUGUUAACACAGGAGUCAUUGGCUUCCCCACCCCCAUCCUGA